UCCCAAAAGAUUCCGAGCUUUCUGGGUUUUCUCAAAUUUUCAAAUUUCUUGUGUGGUUCGUUCGCAUGCGACAUUCAGAAUUCUCCAGUUGGAUCCGAUCACUAACCAUCUUAUUCAUCGACAUCAUCGGAUUCUAGAAAUUGAUCAGAAUGAGAGAAGAUGGUAGCCCCAGAAACGAAGAAAGCUCGCCUCUUGUUGACAAUUGUACUAGAGACGAUGAGUCUGCACCUCAACUGUUUAAUUCUUUACCAGCUCUCAAUGAAGCUGCUUCUUAUUUAACACAAGCAACUUCCUACUUCACCAGCUGUUUCUCUGAUUUUUCAGUUGAAUACGGUGAUAGAGAUUCAUUUGGUUCCUUAACCCGUGCACAUGGGUUGGUACCAUCAACAUCAGGAGUCAAUGGGGAAUCCCCGGUGAGUGUAUGCAUUUCUCCUGGGGAAAGAUAUUCAAGUUCUUCUGAGGCAUCUACGUCUGCAAACAGCCCGUCAAGGGAAUCGACGGAGAAUCCAUCUCAGGCAACAAAUGCGAUAGUGCCAUCAUAUAAUGUCGGUUUAUAUGGAAUUUCCAUGUUCCAAGGGCUCUUUGAGCGAGCACGGAGGACCAUCCGUGGCUCGGCAGACGACAUUGGAUGGUUACAACGGGAUCCUGAGAUGCCUCCUGUUGAAGAUGGAACUGAGAGGUUCAAUAAAAUUCUCGACGACAUUGGGCAUGGUUUGCACAAGCUUCCAAAAUCGGUAGUGUACUUGCUGGUCCCAGGUCUGUUCAGCAAUCACGGACCUCUCUAUUUCGUGAGCACAAAAAUGAAAUUCUCGAAGAUGGGUUUGGCCUGCCAUAUUGCCAAGAUUCACAGCGAGGCGUCGGUUGAGAAAAAUGCGAGAGAAAUAAAGGAGUACAUUGAGGAAAUCUACUGGGGCUCGAAAAAACGAGUAUUACUUCUGGGGCACAGCAAAGGCGGUGUAGACGCAGCAGCUGCUUUAUCUCUAUACUGGCCCGAUCUAAAGGAUAAGGUUGCUGGCUUAGCAUUGGCACAGAGUCCGUAUGGCGGGAGUCCGAUAGCUACUGAUAUCCUCCGAGAAGGGCAGCUCGGGGAUUACGUUAAGCUGAGGAAACUCAUGGAGAUUCUGAUCUCCAAAGUCAUAAAGGGUGACAUCCAAGCUUUAGAAGACUUAACCUACGAGAAAAGGAAGGAAUUCUUGAAGAAGAACCCACUUCCUCGAGAACUUCCAGUCGUGUCAUUCCGAACAGAAGCCAGCAUAAGCCCGGCGGUCCUAGCCACUCUGUCCCAUGUGGCACAUGCGGAACUGCCUCUGACAGGCGGCCAAGCCACGAAGCUCCCAGUGGUUAUACCGUUAGGGGCCGCGAUGGCUGCGUGCGCUCAGCUGCUCCAAGUCAGGUACGGAGAAAAGAGCGACGGACUGGUCACGUGCCGUGACGCGGAGGUCCCUGGCUCGAUGGUUGUACGGCCCAGACGCAAACUAGACCAUGCAUGGAUGGUUUACUCUUCCUUGAACGAUGAUCCUUUGGAAGCUGACGCUGCUCAAGUCUGUGAGGCCCUUCUGACUUUGCUCGUGGAAGUUGGCAAAGAGAGGCAUUUCAUACUCGAAGUGGAGGAUGACUGAUCGGUAUGGAUGAUAUGAUGAGAUAUUUAGUGUCGUUUUCCUGUACUCUGUAUUUUUUCCUUCUUCUAUGUUUGUUGAAAUGAAUAAAGGAACCAAUAAUAAGAAGCAAUAUUAUUUUUCUCUUUUUUUUU